UUAGAAUGUUCAACUUGAUCGCUGCCAACGUCUGAUGUCAUGACUACCCGUAUUGCUGGUAUUGUGUAAGAUGGCAAAGCUGAAGCGUACUUGCGAAAGCUCUGCAAGAUAUUGGAGCUAUGGCGUAACCUAUCCCAAGCUGUAUACUAUGAGCCGGUCUCUCCAUUGAGCUUGCAAGACGUAUUUAAGACUCGUGAACCCUCCCGUGUUAUUUAAAUUGAUACCUUUGAUAUUACAAGUCAUUCCAAGGACUUCUCCUUGCAAUAAGAUACCCUCUAACUAUAUUCAAUACCCAAUAGAUCGAUUCCUAACACGACUCACGCAACUCUCGCAAUGACUUCUUACACCACUCCACAAGAAUCUGAACCCCAUCCACCAGGAUCCUUCCCGACAGACGACAUGAUUUCCACACAGGAUUCUAGCUUAGCUUCUUCGGGCUCACAUCAUCAAUACAACAAGCUGCACAAACGAGAAGACCCAAGGGGUUGGAAUGAGGACGAGAAGGCAGCGUGGGGACAUCAACACACGGACUCGGGUGUUGGUUUAACAGAUCCGAGCCUGUCAUCAAACUCCCAGACUCGUGACCGAGUGAGCGAAGGAGCUUUCCAAUCGAACAAUGCUACUCUUCAGAACAAUGACGUAGCACCAAGCACUGUUGGUAAUACUACAACGAGGUCACCUAACUACCAAGGAAAAGAGGGUAAACCUGGCGUUAUGACUGGCGCCUAUGGUCAUAGCAAUGUUGAUAGCGGCAGCAACUACUAUCCCAAGCCGACCGCGGAGGAUACGUCUUCCCAAAAUCAAACCAGCGCAAGGGGCGUCGGUGCUGUUGGAUCCGCAGCAGGGAUAGCUACCGCUACUGAAUCAAGAAAUACAGAGCUAGGGCAAAUACCUGAGGAUCGUAACACUAUUCGGAAUGGCCUACGUCAAACCAGCAAUGUCGAGCACGAAGAUCCAUACUGGGGCGACGCUCCCCACGGUACCGGUGUCUAUAACACAGUUACUGGACAUGGUAGCUCUGAGACAGCCACCGAAGGCUCCCUUCAUUCACAGGGCCCUCUAAGUCACGAGCAGCAGCGUGCAUUCCCACUCGCGACUUCUAACGAUGCUUCCCGCGACGAGAGUGGCCACCGUAACGGUUCACGGUUUAAGGAGAGCCUAGGCGAAUCCACUACAGGCGCAGCUGCAGGACUCCCCGUCUAUGAACUUGCUGAAAGGCGACGAGACCAUCAACAUGAGGACGAUCUGAAAGAGCCCGCCUCCCGCAAGCAUCAUGAAGCAGAUACCAAAAAGGAGAGUAAAAUUGGUGGCUUAUUCUAUCGGGAUCACAAGGGCGAGAAGGAAACUAAGUCUGAGAAGCUCAACGAACCAGUUCCCAGUAAAUACGAUAGACCGUUGAGUGAAAGGGACGCUGGUGUAGCCCUCGCCGCCGCUACUGGAGCAUAUGGUGCGAAGAACCACGCCGACAAGCAUGACAAGAAAGCCAGAGAAUCCGAGCACGGUAUGGCGGACAACAAUGCUAACGCACUCUAUCAGCAUCCUAAUGAGAAGAUUAGCUCGAAGGAUCCUUUUAUCGCUUCUGGAUACACGAAGCCUAGUAGCCAUGGUUCUACAAAGAUUACGAACAAUGCUUACCCCCCUUCUGAAGAUGUAACCACGAGAAAUCACCCUUUUACCUCUCAGACUACAGGGAAGCCUAACGAACGAAAUGAUUCAAAACUUGGCUACGGCCUCGCAGCCGCUGGCGUAGGAGCCGGUGCUGGCUAUGCAGCUCGCGAGCAUACCCACAGGGAUAGCGACAAGAACAAGGUGCAUCCUAACCAGCAAGCAUUCCACGAUUCAACGACGGCGUCAAAGGCAACCACGCAUCCAUCGGAUACAGGUUACAUUAUCGGAAAGCCUCAACUCGCAGUGCUUUCUGGUACUGGAGAGACCACCGCCCCCUAUGAAAAGACGCAGGGUCUGUCGCAGACAAGUUCCAGCGCUAACCGCUCCCUCAAUAACCCUAGCCGCCACGGCGAGUAUAACGUCCUGCAAGACGGUACUACUUCCGGCGUUAACGUCGGAGAUCGUCAUUAUGGUGACAAGAAGAACGUGGUAGCUUCGUCGUCGCAGAAUGCUACACGCGACGCCGUGACGAAGGAUAACCAUACUGGUGCUAAGGCGGCGGUAGCUGGUGCUGGUCUUGCUGGCGCGGGCGCUGCGGCUCACUACACUGGCAAUCGUAAUAGCAACACUUCAUCCGCACCGUAUGAGGUCUCCGGCGCCAACGGUCGUGCACCCGCGGACUCUACUCAAGGCAGUACUUACAAAAGCCUAUCAACCGGCACUCCCUCCGGUAUAAAUGUCGACGACGGCCAACAAUAUGACAAGCACAAUAUCGCUACAUCAUCUCCUACUAGUGCCACACGAGGCACUGUAGAUAACAACAACAACAACAACAACAACAACCACAGCCGUGCCAAAGCUGCUGCCGGUGCUGCCGGUGUAGUCGGUGCUGGAGCCGCUGCAAAGCACCACUCCCGGCGAGCCACCAACGAUACCACCGCCUUUCCAUCUACCACAUCUCGCGAGCACCAAUCUCCCACUACCAGCUCCAGCAACCGUGCGUCGACCGACUCCAGCCACGGCGGACAGUACAAUGUCCUCCCAUCCGGCACACCUUCAGGCAUCAACAUCAGCGAGCGCGACGACCUCGGCCGCAAGAGCCUAGAAAACGCUGCUAGCAAGGCCAAGACACCCGCAACCGCAGCUCAUCCCACUGCUACGAGUGCAAUUCCCGCUUCGAAGAAGAACGUCGCUGGUACGUCGGCAGCUGUCCCCGCAGGUCUAAACCCCGCAGACAAGGUGCUGCACCGGUGCAGGAAGUGUGGCGAGGAGAAUGAUAUUACGGGGUACUUCCGCGUAUGAGAUAGUUAAUUGUGAGGGAGAAUGAUGGAUAUGAAUAAUGAGAGAGUACCUAAUGCUACUACUACUACUGGGACUGAGACUUGGGUUAGGAAAUGAAUUGGAUAAGACACUGGUCGGAAUUGGAAACGAUGGGUAUGUAAUUAUGUAGGCACGAGGUUUAGCUAUGACGAG